AUGGUGAAAUACGUUGAGUUAGCAAAGCUGACGGGGAAGAUCCGGAAUCAGCGCGAUGAACUGUAUCAAAAGGACUGGAGCAAAUUUAUAUUGUAUAUGAAAGAAUAUUAUAAAUAUCUGAAAACAUUUGUAGCUCAUGAUGAAGGCACUCCUGAGCACAUGCCUCCUCUUGCCCCUGCUUUCUUCAGUAAUCUUUUGUUCCUGUCCUCAGCAUUACCUCUGUACUGCAGACACGUGUAUAACAGUACUGGACUGACAUAUGUUCACUAUGUAAAAAAACCUUGUAACUUGCAAGAAGAUUCCUGUGUUGCCAGUGUUCUGCGUACAAAUAUAGUGAAAUUCCAAGAGGAACUUUUGAAUAAAUGCUCGUCAUCCAGAUACUGUUCCCCAGGCCAUUACAGCUUCACUGCAGGGGAUGGUAAAUUCUUUCAGAUGAAGAAGCACUGCUGCAGGACUAAAAUGUGUAACAAUGCACUUCUCAGCCUCCCUGAUCGCAACAUGCUGGCUGAAAAUGGUUUGCAGUGCCCAUCCUGCUUUUCCAAAGGAACAAUAAUGUGUAAAAGUGAGAAGACCAUCAACUGCCUUGAGAAUGAGACCCAGUGUAUUCAAUCCAAAGUAGCUCUUCUUAUCGGUGCACUUCGGCCCCACAGUUUCACUUUCCGAGGUUGUGGAACAACAGAUUUUUGUGCCAUCGGGAAAAGGCAAAGAAAAAUAACCGGAGAUGGGUACUAUAUCCUUUCUGUUACCCAAGAAAGUUGUUACAAUGCUUCAAAAAUCUCACACCAGCCUGAACAUGAAGAGUGAAUGGGACCGUGUAGACCUCCUCCUUGUGUAUUCCAAAAUCUAUGGCAAUAAGGGGGAAUUCGAGGCCUAGUGUUGA